AUGGCCGCCGCCGUUCUACGAAAAAAUUAUCAAGUAAGAUCAAUUUUCCGCAUAUCGCCCCCAAAUCCAAUCGCCGCACCUCUCCUAACCAAACCCCUGCAAAACCCUAAACACCCAAUUCCCCAACUGCAGCCCUUUUCAUCCAAGCCUUCGAAUUUCCCGGAGUACGAGAUGCCCACCGUGACCUGGGGCGUGGUCCAGGGCCGCAAGGAGAAGCUCGUUUCCCGGGUCAUCGUCUGCGACUACCUCAAAUCCCUCGGCAUCGUGCCCGACGAGCUCGAGGACCUCGAGCUGCCAUCCACGGUCGAGGUCAUGCGCGAGCGUGUCGAGUUCCUGCAGAAAAUAGGCCUCACCAUAGACGACAUCAACGAGUACCCAUUAAUGCUCGGCUGCAGCGUGAGGAAAAAUGUGAUCCCUGUAUUGGGCUACCUGGAAAAAAUUGGUAUUCCUAGAGCGAGGAUGGGCGAGUUUGUCAAGAACUACCCACAGUGCCUCCAUGCCAGCGUUGUGGUCGAGCUUGCUCCAGUCGUUAGAUUUUUACGAGGCCUUGAUGUUGAGAAACUAGAUAUAGGUUAUGUUUUGAUGAAGUACCCCGAGUUGUUAGGGUUUAAGCUCGAGGGCACGAUGAGCACAUCCGUUGCUUAUUUGGUUAGCAUAGGGGUGAACCCGAGAGAUAUCGGGCCAAUGGUGACCCAAUACCCGUAUAUCUUAGGUAUGCGAGUGGGGACCAUGAUAAAACCUUUAGUCGAUUAUUUGGUCUCUUUAGGGCUGCCCAAGAAGAUUCUUGCAAGAAUGUUUGAAAAACGGGCGUAUAUUCUUGGAUAUGAUGUUGAAGAGACCGUGAAGCCUAAUGUGGAUUGUUUGACGAGCUUUGGUGUUAGAAAAGAUGCAAUUUCCUCGGUUAUCGCUCAAUACCCGCAGAUCCUUGGAUUGCCCUUGAAGGCGAAAUUAUCUUCCCAACAGUACUUUUUCAACUUGAAGCUCAAGAUCGACCCGGAUGGAUUUGCACGUGUUGUGGAGAAAAUGCCGCAAAUUGUUAGCUUAAACCAGAACGUGAUCAUGAAGCCAGUCGAUUUUUUGCUCGGGCGUGGUAUACAUGCGGAUGACGUGGCGAAGAUGAUCGUCAGGUGUCCUCAAUUGGUGGCCCUUCAGAUCGGGCUGAUGAAGAACAGCUAUUACUAUUUCAAGAGCGAGAUGGGGCGGCCCGUUAAGGAGCUGGUGGAGUUUCCCGAGUAUUUUACGUACAGUUUGGAGUCGAGGAUAAAACCGAGGUACCAGAGAUUGCAGAGUAAGGGGAUAAGGUGUUCAUUGGCAUGGUUCUUGAACUGUAGUGAUGGGAGGUUUUUGGAGAGGCUUCAGGGGAAGUAUAUAGAAGCCGAGAGCUUUGGGCCCUCGUUUUUCAUGGGAGGGAAAUUGGAAAUGCCUGGGGUUGGUGUCGUGUCCGAUGAGGAAGAUGAGAGUGACGAUGAGAUACUUUAUAGGCGUACGGUUUCUUUGUAA